GCAGCUUCACACAACCUACACGUGAGACUGUGUGCAUGCUGAAAGUGCAGCGAAGAAUGGGGCCGUCUGUGUCUUAAGGAGAUAAAGUGUGACAGAAGGGAGAAAUCCAAGUAUUGGUGAGAUAGCGGCUGCAUCGCUCCGAUGACUCAUCCACACUCAUGUCUGAAACGUCAAGUGACCGCAUGAGAGAUAAGUUCGACUUAUGGAAUGACAAGAUAAGCGUGUGAACAAGUCGUGUUAAAGUGAUACUUUUUCGACUUCAAGGAGUGCCUUAUUCUCUGCACGAUGGAGGAAGAGAUAGCGAAUCGGCCUAAGUGGUUGUUGGAGCUGGAAAAUCGUAAGCGAAAGCCGCGUUUGGCGCACGAAGCCGGUGCUGGCGCACCAUGCAUGAACUGCAAUUCUGCGUGCCCCGGCCUUGAUUUGCACUUUUGGAGGAAGAUCUGUAAGAAUUGUAAAUGUGGUCGGGACGAUCACGAUGUCGACAACGACGAGUUCCCACAGUUUGACCUGCUAUUUGGACCAAGUGGAAAAUUUAAGAAUAAAUCGAUGCGUCUGCAAGUAAACAACAAAAAACAAAAUGAAGGUGAAACUACAUUUGAAUGGGUGCCACCAGAUACGACUAAGGAACUGGUUAUGGAUUAUAUGAAGGCCUUGCCUGCUGAUAAACUACCGAUUAAAGGAUCAGCUGGUGCUGCUCUGAGAAGGCAGCUGUUACAAAAACAAUUACCACUGCACGAUAUUGAUCAUAAAGCUUGCGAUGCACUUAGUGAACAAGAGCAGAAGCAAUUUGAGAAGUAUUUAGAGAACAUAAAGAAAUAUGCAGGGCAAGGCAAAGUGAUGAAGAUGCUAGGUGCCCGUCCGUUCGACCGUUCUCUCAUGACACCCAUCAAUGCAACCGAUAUGCAACGCUGCAGUCCACAACACAGACCUUAUGUGUCUUCCCCCGGCGUUCAAUUACGCACACCGAGUAGCUUCGCCGUAAAGAGCCCGUAUGCGAAGCAUCCAUCCAUGAGUCAGAAUAAGCAGCAAGAUAUUACAGUCAUAAAUGACAACAAAAUGUCUAAUACGGAAGAAUAUAACUGUUCCUUAGCGAACAUGUCGAAUGUUAACAGCAACGUCGCGAGAUCACAGUCCGUUGAGGGCAAGUUCCACGAGAAUCUUCAGCAGACGAACGACGCCGCAUUAGUAAGAGGCGGUGUAAGCGGCAAGAUAAUAAACUCCUCGAUUCCCUCACGUCUCGCCGAGCAAGAGAUCGUGUCCCCUCGUGAGAUGCAUACUUCUGGAAAUUUUGUGCCGUUCGGAGGGAACGGAACGAGAAGCGCGUUGAUGCACACGGAGGCGCACAGAGAAACACUGAGCAACGUUACGCCAUACAGUCUCGCGCACUCGGAGGCUCAGAACAGCGACGCGGCUUCCAUCGCGGAGUGCAUGCUGGCCGACGCGCUUCUGCCGCCUAGUGCGAUACACGCCAACGACAUCAUCGGGAGCACCCUAGAUGAGGAAGAAUUGAUGUACAUAAGGGAGAAACUCGCCGACAAGUACAACGCCGUGGAGAAUCCGGUGCUGCACAGCACUCCUAAGUCAUCGCGAUUGUUGGACACAAGCGAUUUGUUGCAUCCACGUGGCGGCGUGCCCAAAGAAGGUAACAAUUCCGCAAAUGUCAACAAGGACGCGGAGAGGACGGCUAUCAUAGCUGCAAUGAGAAAUCCAACGGGAAGCUUUGCGGAAAGAACGGAGCCUGGUAACGCCAUAGGCGCGCCUUUGGAAGCUGAGAGAAAAAUGUGCAAACCCUUGUCUCAUGUAAUCCAACCGACUGCGCCAACUGCUGAUCUCAACGAACAGAAGCCACAAUAUGGCUGGCUAUCUUACAAAGUGCCGAAUAAUGUUCUUGGCGCGCGUUCAGAUAUAUCUUUAACGACAGACGUCCCUGGAGCCGCAACGGAGAACGCUUCAGAUCCGUGGCCGAACAGAUGCAAGCCCGCGGACGCCGUUAUUCCCGCGUCGGGUGCGUCCUUGCAGAUUGGCUCUCAGUAUCCCGUUAAUCCGCUGCAAGCCGAAUUGAACAGUUCGCUCGUGCAACCGACCGUUCUACACUCAGAACAGCUGCAUAACCAGGUAUUUCCGCACAACGUCGUCGGAGGUGUCAACGAGGCGACGCAACAAAAUGUUCAGCACGUGGAACACUUGAAGAACGCCAUGGAGGGUCUAAGGAUUGACUCGACGCGAGCGCAGAAGUGCCGCAAAUGCCACGAGGACAUAUGCGUUGGUGAUGUCAUCGUAACCGCGGAGAAGGCCAACAACGCGUCCUGGCAUCCCGGCUGUUUCGUUUGCUCGGUGUGCAACGAAUUGCUGGUAGAUCUGGUGUACUUUCACUAUAAGAACGAAUUGUAUUGCGAGAGAGACUUGUCCGCGCACUUAGGGAUCCCCCGGUGCUUCGCCUGUGACGAGUUGAUUUUCGUGCGGGAAUACACGGUCGCAGAAGGGCACAAUUACCACGUGAAGCAUUUUUGUUGUUGGGACUGUGAUAUGCCGCUGGCUGGACAGCAAUACAUCACCGAGAACGAUCGUCCUCUUUGUCUUCCUUGUUAUCAAAAAACAUAUGCGAAGACAUGCGCUGCGUGUAAUAUUGUAAUUGCUGCCGAUCAACAGGGUGUGUCUAUAAAGAACUUAGACUUUCAUGCGACCGAGGCAUGUUUCUGUUGUUACAGUUGCAAGAAGAACUUGCUGAACGGUAGAAUGGCGAUAAAGGAGGAUAAAUUGUUCUGCAGUAAAGAAUGUAUCGUAAAGUUCCUUAACCGUGUGUGAAAGUAUAAUAGUUCAUCUACUAUUUUUUAUACGUAUUAUUUUUAUUGUAUAAGAGAAUAAUAUAUUUAUAUAUUUUUAUUAUAAAAGAACAUAGGAAAUAUACAAUGUUGAGCACAUAAAAUUUGCUACUAAUCGAUAUAAUAAAAUUAUAAACAUGAAUAUAUAAUUAAAAGAAGACUGUUUAUAAAAAUUAAUACAGCUUACCUAUAAAAUAUAUAAUGCAUAUAAACCAUGUAAGCCUUUAAGCUGUGUUAAGAAGAUAAAACAGAAAAUAUUUUAUCAAGUAUUCAGUUUUUAAUGUAAUUUCACACCUGAACACUCUUACACGAGAAUAGUUUUAUACGAAAAUAGUUCGUAACGCUACGAGCCGUGUAUUAAUAGUGGUGACUUGGGACUUGUUUCACGUGAGAUUCGCAGAUCUGUGUGACGAUGAUGUGAUAAGUCACCACUAUUAAUACAGGUUUAUGUGACUCACAUUGUACAUAAAUAAAAAAUGUAUUAUAUUUUUUAUCAACAUAGAUAUAUAACUUUAAUAUAGAUCGAUUACAAUUGUAUGGUUUAGUUUUCACUUGGAAGAUAAAUAAUCUUACAACUGUAUUUCAAACGUUAAGCAAAUAAAUUCUCGUCCAAUUGUGUUUCAUUAUAAA